GGGGGCUGGCCCGGCCGGGCUUCUUCAGCGGACGCUCGGCCUGCGCCCCAGAGCUGGGUGCUCCGAGGCGCUGGCAACUCGCUCCUGAGUGGCUAUGGGCCGCCGCUUGGGUUUCCUGAUCUGUCUCCUGGGGGCCGUGUGUGUACUUGGUUCCGGCCGCGGCGGACCGCAGUCCCGGGAGACGGCGGCGCAGAGGUGCUUCUGCCAGGUUAGUGGCUACUUGGAUGACUGUACCUGUGAUGUUGAAACCAUCGAUAGAUUUAAUAACUACAAGCUUUUCCCAAGACUACAAAAGCUUCUUGAAAGUGACUACUUUAGAUAUUAUAAGGUAAACUUGAAGAGACCGUGUCCUUUCUGGAAUGAUAUUAGCCAGUGUGGAAGGAGGGAUUGUGCUGUCAAGCCUUGCCAUUCAGAUGAAGUCCCUGAUGGAAUUAAAUCUGCAAGCUAUAAGUAUUCUGAAGAAGCCAAUAAUUUUAUUGAAGAAUGUGAACAAGCCGAACGACUAGGAGCUGUGGAUGAAUCUCUGAGUGAGGAAACGCAAAAGGCUGUUCUACAGUGGACCAAGCAUGAUGAUUCCUCAGACAACUUCUGUGAAGCUGAUGACAUACAGUCUCCUGAUGCUGAGUAUGUUGAUUUGCUUCUUAAUCCUGAGCGCUACACUGGUUACAAGGGACCAGAUGCUUGGAAGAUAUGGAAUGUUAUUUAUGAAGAAAACUGUUUUAAGCCACAGACGAUUAAAAGACCUUUAAAUCCUUUGGCUUCUGGUCAAGGGAAAAGUGAAGAGAACACUUUUUACAAUUGGCUGGAAGGCCUCUGUGUAGAGAAAAGGGCAUUCUAUAGACUUAUAUCUGGCCUACAUGCAAGCAUUAAUGUGCAUUUGAGUGCACGAUAUCUUCUACAAGAAACAUGGUUGGAAAAAAAAUGGGGACACAAUAUUACAGAAUUUCAGCAGCGGUUUGAUGGAAUCUUGACUGAAGGAGAAGGACCAAGAAGGCUUAAGAACUUGUACUUCCUCUACCUAAUAGAACUGAAGGCUCUUUCAAAAGUGCUACCAUUCUUUGAGCGCCCAGACUUUCAACUCUAUACCGGAAAUAAAGCUCAGGAUACAGAAAACAAAAUGUUACUUCUAGAAAUACUUCAUGAAAUCAAGUCAUUUCCUUUGCAUUUUGAUGAGAAUUCCUUUUUUGCUGGGGAUAAAAAAGAAGCAAGCAAACUAAAGGAGGAUUUUAGGUUGCAUUUUAGAAAUAUUUCAAGAAUCAUGGAUUGUGUUGGUUGUUUUAAAUGUCGACUAUGGGGAAAACUUCAGACCCAGGGUUUGGGCACGGCUCUGAAGAUCUUGUUUUCUGAGAAAUUGAUAGCAAAUAUGCCAGAAAGUGGGCCUAGUUAUGAAUUCCAUCUCAACAGACAAGAAAUAGUAUCAUUAUUCAAUGCAUUUGGCAGAAUUUCUACAAGUGUGAAAGAAUUAGAAAACUUCAGGAACUUGUUACAAAAUAUUCAUUAAAGAAAACAAGUUGAAAUAUGCCUGUUUUUGGACAAAGGAGGCCAAAGAGUGGAAUUUCAUUCAAAGGCAUAAAGCAAUGACAGUCUUAAGCCAAACAUUUUAUAUAAAGCUGCUUUUGUAAAAGGAGAAUUAUAUUGUUUUAAGUAAACAAUUUUUAAUUGUGUGAAAUCUAUGUAUAAUAUUGUGAGUAAAAGUAAUAUUUGAUAAUGUGAUAUAAAUUGAAAAGUAGUAUUUGACAAUAUGGUCCAAAUUGAAUAAAAUCAGGAUUAUUAAAUU